UGCAAAGAUCCGAAAAUAUGCGGCCACUGGCCAUAGAAACCGCAUCUCGGUGUACGAUACCUCUUUCAACCAUCGUUCCCGGCGCCGGCGGUGGCGGUGGCGGUGGUGGUAGCAGUGGCAAUAACAUCUUCAAGUCAUACAACAACAAGUGUGCUGAAAGUCUUACUAUUUCAGCUCCGACUUCUUCCUAUAAUUAUCGCCACAAAAGCAAGCAGUUGAAUUAUCGGGUUAAUGCUGCAUCAGGCUCCUCCGGCAGUGGUUAUGAUGAUUCGGAUAACUCAACUAGGCAACUUGCUGUUCUUCUUGAAGUUGAAGGGGUCCUCAUGGAUGUAUAUCGCUUUGGUAACCGGGAAGCCUUCAAUUUAGCAUUUAAGAAAAUGGGGUUGGAUUGUGCACAUUGGACAGAACCAAUCUACUUAGAUCUCAUAAGGAAGAGCUUUGGUGGUGAGGAGGAAAUGCUAACUUUGUACUUCAAUAAGAUAGGUUGGCCUACUUCGCUCCCCACUAAUGAGAAGGGAAGUUUCAUGAAACGUGUUCUGCGAGAAAAGAAAAAUGCAUUGGAAGAUCUUGUGAUGUCAAAAUCUUUGCCUCUGAGACCUGGUGCCGAAGAUUUUAUUGAUGAUGCACAUAAAGAAGGUGUUCCUAUCGUUGUACUAGCUUCCUACAGCAGGAGUGGUGAAAAUAUAGCAAGGCCCAUUAUUGAAAGUCUUGGCAAAGAUAGGAUGUCAAAGAUCAAAAUUAUUGGGAACAUGGAGGUGGAACAAAGUCUAUAUGGGCAGCUCGUACUUGGAAAAGGAGUUUCUUCUAGUUUGGAUGAGCAAUUAGUUAGUGAAGCAAGAAAAGCAGCAUCUACCGAGAAACAAAAAAUUGCAAAAGAAGUUGCAUCCGUGCUGAAACUGAGUGUUGACAUUGAUACAACUUCAAGUGAAAGCAUACAGAAAAUUGUGACUGCGCUGAGAGCGGGAGCUGAAUAUGCAGAAGUCCCUGUUCCCAAUUGUGUUCUUGUUGCCGGUAGUCUUCCCGGGGUUGCUGCAGCUGAGCAAAUCGGCAUGCCAUGUGUUGUUCUUCGCAGCAGGCUGACAUCCAGGGCCGAGUUUCCAUCAGCAAACGCUAUAUUGGACAGUUUUGGCCCUCCGGAUUUAACAAUCUCAAGACUACGGCAACUGAGAUCUUCCUAAAUCCCAGUUAGUGCAUACUUCUCGAGUCAACUCAACCCAAUUCGAAAAGAAAUUUCGGCUCCUGAGGUAUUACUAUAUACUCAUCCUAUGAAGAUUCUGAUUUUGAUGUGUUCCUGCUGUUUAUGUAUUCUUUGUGCACUUACUUCACUUGACAUUGUUGUAAGAUGAUUCAUCAAACAUACAACCAUCUUUUGUGUGUUAAAAAUGGUAACUAGAUGUUUGCAACUUCUUUUAGAACUAUGAAAUGUGAAUAGUUGUUCAGUUUCGGUCA